AAGGCCCGGCCGUUCGCAGCACCUCUGCGCCUGCCUGUUGCCGAUGCAUCCUCGGCGCCGCUGGACGGCGAGGAGAGCCCAGGGCAGCCACGGCGGGUUUCUUUUUUUUUGUUUUUAGCCCAGGGCUCCCGCAGCGCUUGGGUAGGGGCAGGGCUGCUCUAGCCUUCCUCGGAGCGUGUUUCUUGGAGUCGUAGGCAAAUGGCCCCUCUGGUCUUCCCCGCUUCGGUUAGCGGGAAAUAGAGAGAAUAGCCUUACCGUCGGCGUCUUCCUUAAUUCUUUGCGGACGCGAAGAAUGAGAGAGGAUGAACCAGAAGGACACGUGUGUGCAUCUGUUUGCUGGCGGAUGUGGAGGAACUGUAGGUGCAAUUCUGACAUGCCCUCUAGAAGUUGUGAAAACACGGCUGCAGUCUUCUUCAGUUACCCUCUACAUCUCUGAAGUUCAUCUGAAUACUGUAAAUGGUGCCACUGUUAAUCGUGUUACUAGAGUUUCCCCAGGGCCUCUCCACUGUUUGAAGAUGAUCUUACAAAAGGAAGGCCCUCGAUCACUGUUCCGGGGACUAGGUCCUAAUUUGGUAGGCGUGGCUCCAUCCAGGGCAAUAUAUUUUGCGGCUUACUCCAAUUGCAAGGAAAUGCUGAAUAAUAUUUUUGAGCCAGAGUCUACCCAAGUGCACAUGACUUCUGCUGGAGUGGCAGGUUUUACUGCAAUUACAACAACCAAUCCAAUUUGGCUUAUAAAGACACGAUUACAACUUGAUGCAAGGGAUCGAGGGGAAAAGCGUAUGAGUGCUUUCGAAUGUGUACGCAAAGUCUAUCAGUCAGAUGGAAUUAAAGGCUUUUAUCGGGGAAUGUCUGCAUCCUACGCAGGCAUAUCAGAAACUGUUAUUCACUUCGUAAUUUAUGAGAGUAUUAAAAGAAGACUUUUGGAAUAUAAAUCUGCUUCUGCUAUGGAUGAGGAAGAUGAAUCUGUCAAAGAAGCAUCUGACUUUGUUGGCAUGAUGAUGGCUGCAGCCACUUCCAAAACAUGUGCCACAUCUCUAGCCUAUCCACAUGAGGUUGUACGAACAAGGCUACGAGAAGAAGGAACGAAGUACAGGUCUUUUUUUCAGACACUAUCUUUGCUUGUACGAGAAGAAGGCUACGGCUCUCUGUAUCGUGGGCUAACAACACACUUGAUUAGACAGAUACCAAACACAGCUAUAAUGAUGUCUACAUAUGAAGUGGUAGUCUACUUACUCAAUGGAUAGCAGUACUGCCAGCUCUGUUUAGGAAGUUGGAAGACCAAAAGCUUGCAGUGGACCAUGAACUCUGUUGUGGAAGGCAGGAGAAAAAUCUAUCCAGAAUAUGCAGCUGUGGACAUAACAGAAGACAGACAAAGAGGCAAUCAUGCUUAAUCGUGCUGCCUUGUCAUAUGGCAUCUUCUGCAGUGUGAUAAUCUGAAGCUGCUCCUAAGGGAUUGCCUUUAAAUGCCUCGUAUUUCAAUUGCAAUUUUCUCCUAUUGUGUCAACUUUUCAAAUGCUAUGCAGUGAGUAUCAGGGACUUGGUUGUGAGCAGGGAGGGUCAUAACGUGUGUUCCUAUACAUCUUUUUUUUUCCAACUCUUGUUCAUUGCUGCUUUCACAUUCAUUUUCUGUCACUGCAAAGUAGCCAGUUGGAAGGGUAUAACUGAGUCCGUUUAAAGCAGAUCCAUAAUUGCUAAUACCUGGAACUCCCAUUUUGCAAUUUGAAAUAAAGUGAAAGAUGAUGAUUCACAUGAAGCUUCCCAGAUUACUACCUCAAGGGGUCUGACAGAGAAACCCAGGUUUUUCACUAGAGCUAAGGUGGCCUUUAUUUAUGGAGAUGUGGAGGACAGGUGGAGAUAAAUUAUAUGACAUUCUGAUUUUUUAAAUAUCAGACCUAGGACUCCUAGUACUGCAGCAGUAUAUUAUUUUUCUUGCUCUAAUUAUUUUCUGUACUGAAAACAAAAAAAAGAGCCUUAAGAAGGUCCAUCUGAACUGAAAUACUCCCCUUUGGGGCCAUGUACAAUUUUGGGGAUGUAAAACACCUCUGACUGUGUUAAGGGUCAUGGCCUUGUUGGAUAGGGCAACUCUUCCUGCUAGCAAAGUGAACUGAAUGUUGUAGAGUAUGUUGCUUUGAAAUCCAUGAAAGCCAACAAAUAAAUGUAAGGCUUGGAUAGCAAUUGUUCAGAAUUCACCAGUAUGCUAGCUUUGAACAAGCUUUAUUCAUCUAUGCUUGUUCCUGGAUUAACCUCAGACCUGCAUUAGAUUUCAAUAACAUGCAGGCUGUACUUUUUCAUGUGAAAAUCAAGAGCUAAUAUUGUGGUUUGGUAUUAGAUGAGAGAUGAUAACUGAAUGCCUUGGGUUUUAAGCAUCCCGGUUUGCUUUAUUCUUUGCUUCAUCCUGAAGCACUUUGUGGAAGACCAUGUAAGUGAAAGUUCCAAGCUUAUUUCAGAAUGUUUGACCUUGUGAAUCUAUUUUAAAACUUCAUUUAUGUUCUCUUACAUUUUAAGAGCAGGUUUUUGCUUACUCAUAGUAGCUACACUGUUAUCUUUUCCCUCUUUAAAUGUCUAAGUAUUACAAAUAUUCUAUUUUAGUGUUCUAACAGUCAUAAAAUCAUGCAUUUUAUCUUAACAUCUGUCCUGUAACUGCAGUGCAUUAGCUGCUUUAAACAAACUUCCAUCCUAAUUUGGCUGUAGUUUUCUAAUUGAAUAUUACUUCACUGGUAUAACUGGUAAUGACUCCAGGGGGAAAGAUUGUGAAUUUAUUAGUGCACAUUUAGUGAAAUGGCUAAUAUCCUAAAAAUAUGGUUAUCUUGCAUAUCUAUAAUUUUAUCAGCUUGUAAAACUUUCCCCUAUGCAGACCUCUGUCACAGUCAAGUACUUUUAAUGGCAUGCUUUUAUGCAUUCUUACUCAGGAGCAAGCCUUGCUGAGUUCAGUAUGGCUUACUCCUUAGGUUAGUGUGUAUAGGGUUGCAGCAUAAAGCCCACUGAUGUCAAUUAUGCUGAAAUCUUGCGCCCUGAAACCAGUGGGACUUAGCACUUCAUUCCAGUAUGUGUAUGCUCCAUUUUGUCAUAGAAGAUUUAAUUCAUUUGUGAGCUUUGCAGAAAAUAGAAUUGCUAGGCUAUUUGGAAAUAAUGCUGGGAUGUCUAAUGUACAUACAAUUAGAAAAGCUAUUUCUUCCUGGUCUUCUGUGCCCUUCAUUCUGUGGCAGAAAUCUCAGUACAGACUAGAAACCUUUAGGAUGAUGAUAGUGCUCAGAACUACUGUUUGUUAAGGCCACUUUUCAAGCGCAGUGACUACAUGCUAAUUUUUUUUCUGCAGGGAGCAGACAAUAUGACUAACUUUCCUUAAAGUUAUAGGGGAUCUCAUUAUAGCCAUUAUAUGCUUAUAACUGAAAAUUUGGCAGAUGUAAUCACAUUAGUUGAAAAUGGAAACCUAUUUAAACUAUUCCUCCAAUAACUUCUCUAAGGUAGCUCCUUCCUUCCUUCUAAAUACUUACAGCACAUAUUUCAUUGCUGGUAACAAUAGCCCAGUUGGCACAUAGGGUUACAUCCUGGGUUGUGAAUGAGCCAGUUCAUGCUGCUUGGUAGCAUACCCACUGCCAGGAACAUUCCUUAUCUGGGUUGCUUAGCAUGAUAUUUGAACCCAAAAUGCUGAAUAGUGUUCCCCGGUAAUCCAGAGCUGGAAAACAAUUUUGGAUUCAAACAUCAUACUUAACAAUCCCAGGAACAAUUAAAGGCUGAACAGCCUAGCAUUACCCUGUUCAUCCAUUUUCUCUGUCAGGAAAGCCCAGGCAGGAGCAAACAGGAAGUAUGAAAUAGCAUGCAGGCUGGGCUGUUGGGCAAGAAAUGCCAGCUGACUCCCAAGACAAUAUAAAGGUUUUGUUUAGUUUUUUCUGGCUUAUACACUCAGGUGGAUUCAGACAACCGACCUUUUUUCUUUCCCAUUUUGCAAAUAUUGUGAAAUCAGUGUGGUGGGAUUCCAGUGGAAAUGAAUUGUCUGGAGGGAUUAGACACUAGAUUUUAAGUUGGCCUAGAAUGGGUUUAUUAAAAUUGUGAUGGCUGGUACAUUUAUCACCACUUUUGUCACAUUUAUCACCACUUUUGUCACAUUUAUCACCACUUCCAGAAAUGGGUUCUAGGAGUAACUCUUUGCACAUAAACUUUUUAACUGUAAGCAUUCGUACAAAUCAGCUGCAUGAAUUCACACUUUCCAUUUUAUUCCAUAGUAAAUGAAACAAGAUGUGGCUUGAGUUAAAUGGAAAUGUUCUAUUUUGAUUUCACUUAGGAGAUCUUUAGGGGAUGAAUGUUUGGCAUUAAAUUACAAAGCUGGGAGAACAAUGUGUGAUGAGACCUCCUGAACCUUUCUGCUGUCACCAUUGUGUUUCACUUAUGCUGUGCUACCAACAGAAGUUAAAUUAGAAUCCCUAAGAAAUCUGCUAGUCUUACUGAAGUCAGAAGUUGAUGACUUUUGGGUUAGCUGCCUUAAGGAGCCAUCCUAACCUCUGAGAGAAGCUGAAGGGCUUACAUCAGAUGAUAUAAGUGUAGCUUUUGUCAGGGGAGGCAGGGAAAUGCUGACAAGAUAAUACCUGAACUGGCAGAAAGGUCCCAGCAAUGACCUGGAAGGAAAUGUGGUGGAUGUGGAGGUGCUCAGUUGCUCCCCUGACACGCCCACAUAGCAGUGGGAUUCUGUGGCAUCUCUCAUAAUUACCUCCAUUGACUGCAGUGGGAGGCUUGAAGAAAAAGCUGCCUCUUGCUUCAUGUGCUGUCCAUGGAGAAAGAGCAGGCCAUGGAUAUAGUGAUGCCCUUCAGCAGAUACGGCCUUCCCUUCCCUGUUACAUGUUUGAAGUAAGUGAUGGUUCUGCCUUGUCCAGAGCAUGCAGAGCCCGGUGUGUUCAGCUAGAGAUAGGUGAAUAGUUUUCCCUUACUAGUAUUUUACUGUGGCUUUUCAAUCUUCAUGUCAGGUAAAUAUUUCUGUAUAGUUAUUAACCAAUUAUAUAUUUUUAAAAUUACCUCUGAACAAUUUCCCAAAGAGACUGAGCAUUAGCUUUCCUUGCAUAUUAUACAAGGAAAUUGUUGAAAUACUAUCUCAGUGCAAGGAGAAUUUCUUCCUCAUCUAUGAUUUGGCUAUGUUCUAAAUACAUAUCCUCACAGAUCUUUGACAAAUGAACAUCUAAGGAUUACUUCAUAUACUCAGUUUGAACAGUUAACUGAAACCUUGCUAUAUUCUGCUUGUAAUGGUGGCUAAGUUUAAAUAAUAAGAUGUAUACCAUAAGCUAGACCAGAAGAUGGCACUGUAGUGCGUGUCAAUGCAGGAAAGAUCAUCUUGAAAAUGCCUGGUGUGUCAAUCUGUUUCCUUAAGUAUUUUGCAUUUAUCACUUGGUUUAGUGUCAUAGAUAUUACGGGAACAAGCCAUAGAAAGUUCCCUUUGAAAAGUAUGUUAUAUUUUCUAAAUUUUACCCGCUUUAUUCAAAAGUCCAGACACAAACACCAUUAAGCCAAGGAAUAAACAUGCCUUUUCCAUGUAUGUAAUUGAAAGUUCUACUUCAGAGUGAACUGUGAUUUCUUGAAAAUCAACACAAACAACUUUUGUACUUGGAAACACACAGGGGAUUUCGGUUUUCAACAAUGAACUGUUAAAAUAUGAAUUUUGUCAUGUUAGGGCACUGAUACAAAAUACUGUUUGCAGCAACUCUUAAUGACUUUGUUCUCACCAUAAUUCCAGUCUAGAAUAUAGGUUGAAUUGUGGGUUGUUUAAUUGGGGGUUCUCAUGAUAUGCAAACCUUACACUCUUGUUUAACAAUGGAUUGUUAAUAACAAACAACCUAGAGUUUAUAUCCCACUAACACUGGAAAAUCUUCCUGGGUAUUCAUGGUUAACAACCCAUUAUUAAACCCUAAUGAAAUGUUCACACAUAACAAGCCAUGAUUCAACAACCUACUUUCAACCCAUACUCUGGGUUGUUACAUGUGAACCAGGCCUUUUUUCCAUAAAGAGAUUUUUUAAAAGAUUAUAUCAGAGGCUGGGCUCCAUAGAAUUGCAUUAGAAGUAUCUAGUGGGAUAGUGGGACCUUACUUUGAAAAGCAGGCUGCUACACCCCAUUGCAAGACACUUGUGAGAUUGUUCUUAAUAUUAAAAGCAGUUCCCAUGCGGCAUAGGGAACUGCUUUUCAAGAAACACAAAAUUGGACUGUUCUUGGGCAUGUGGACAUUAGCUAUGUAUGUUUCAGAAUCCCAACCCAAUAUUAGAAUCUGAUUUUUUCUAUGCUUUUUCUUACGUCCAAGAUCGUGUUUCUACUCUGUUUUUCUAACUGUUCCUCCAAAUAGGUGCAGGAGUGAGGCCUAGUUUCUUCUUAAUUUCUAGGAGCAAGCAGAGCAUUGAUGUGUGGGUAUACAGAAGUACCACUAACAAAUAUUUGUUAGUCCAAAGCCCUGAAGUUGUAUACAAUUCCAGUUUUAUUUCAGAAAGUCUGCAUACUCUGUACAUGUGAACAUACUUUGCCCUAGGAGUCAUUAUUAUUGUUCACCAAGUCCGGUAUCUUACUGCUCCUGUGAAGUUUGCUGUAGUUCUUGCAUACCAUGUAGUUGGCUGUCAAUGAUGUGCUUUAAAUACUUUUUGUAUUUAUAUUAUAUUGACAACUUUUGUUUGGACUGCUCAAACUUCAAAAUAAAACGACUUUAUUCAGA